AUGGCCGAUGACGGUUCACCGGAUUACAAGGCGCUCUUCCUUAGGGCGGAAACGGAACUAAGGCAGGCAGAAGAGCGAGUGAGACGGGAAGAAGGGUUGCGAAGGCAGGCAGAAGAACGAGUGAGACAGGAAAGAGUGCGCACUCAGAAGACAACACUCGGGGAGCUCAUCAAAAGUUGUCAUGAUUCAUUCUCCCGGCCUUUGCAGGUUGGAACGCCAUCCCGCUCCACAAAGGGGACUAUUCCACUACCCGCUGGAAAAUACUGCCCCACAUAUCUUUGCUUUUGGUCCAGCUGUCCAGUUCAACUGCAAGAUACCUAUGAUGCCGUUUCCAAUUUCCUGCAACCAACUGGAAAAGAUGCACCUCGGCUAUUCACAUCUCUUCUUGAGCUGAAUGGACUUGGUCAGCGAUAUUCUUCUCGAAUACUACGAAGUGAAAAGGAUCUGGAGAAUUACGAGCGAGCUGCAGUGGAAGACCACGUCCAUGAUAUCAUAGCUGAGCUAUGUAAAAUACCUGAUGCCCGAGAGAGAUUCCGGCUUGGUGAUGGGAUCACGUUUGAAAAUCAUGAAAAUCUUCUACGGACGUCAGAAGAGUCAGAUAAUUAUGACGCAGAAUUGAUUGAUGAAUCCAGUUUACAGCAUCCCAACCCAGAUUCAUUCUGUAUUCAUCGAAUCAACAAUUCAACCAAUAUUUUACUUAUGACGGUUGAGUAUAAACCACCACACAAGCUCUUAGUUGAAAAUCUCCGAGUGGGUCUUCGGUCAAUGAGGUUCUGGGAAGAAGUUGUUCAGAGAAACACAAUCCCCACAGGCAAGGAUGAAAAGCUGAGAUAUAAUGCAGAACAGCUUACUGGCUCAGCAUUGGUUCAGGAGUAUCAUGUCAUGAUUCAACAUGGACUGGAAUACUCCUACAUAACUAAUGGACUUGUUAUCAUUCUUCUUCAUGUUCCAUAUGAUAAUCCUAGUUCACUCUAUUAUUAUCUCUGUGAACCAAACAUGGACGUGAUUUCAGAGGAUCCUGAGGUAUUUCACCCAUCAAAGACAGCUGUUUCCAGAAUAUUAUGUCUCUGUCUGAUGAGCUUUCUUUCAAAUAUCCGUGAUCAUAAAUGGCGGAAUGCUGCAAGAUCUCAACUACAUAUAUGGAAGACAAAUUUUGAUUUUGCACGGUCACAGAUCCCUGAUGAAGAGCUGCGACAAAGUCCUCCAGGAUCAGUAUAUGCAAGCUCAGAAUAUAUGCCCUCUGAACAUCUGCCAUUGUCUCCAUUUCAGCUCAGUCAUCGAAUUUUUACCCGAUCUCAAGCUGCCUGUACACCAAUGGACACUUCACUUCGGAGUAAUCAUAUAGAUUCUUCUGGCUCUGAUUCUGAUCAAGCAACACACAGUCGGAAGCGGGGCUUCAGUCAAGUAAUGUCUUCUCCACCUAGCCAGCGUCCAUCAGUUCGUUCAGAAGGUACCAAAUCAUCAAGCAGGCAGAGCCAACACACAGCACCUUACUGUACACAGCGAUGUUUAUUGGGUUUGAAACAAAAAGAUGAAUUGGAUCAUCAAUGCCCCAAUGUUUCUCUCCAUCAGCAAGGCCAGAAUGGUGAUCGACAUCUUAUUGAUGCAAUGAAGCUGGUGCAUCUUCUGAAGGAACAACUUGAUCAUGACCUUGAUCAUAACUGUACACCAUUUGGAAUAUGUGGAUCAUAUGGUGCACCCAUCAAGAUCACCUGUGCUGCAUAUGGCUACACUGUAGUUGGAAAGGGGACAACAUCUGGGCUUUGGAAACAUGUUUCACGUGAAGCGGAGAUAUACCAGGUUCUUCAGAAAGCACAGGGUUCGGCUGUCCCUGUAUUCCUGGGGGCGAUUGACUUGAAAUUGAUCUUUUUUAUCCAUCGUGCUGGGGACAUCCGCCAUAUGCUUCUUAUGGGUUGGGCUGGGGAAAAAUUAGAGAAUGACAAUGACAGGUGGUCCUCGGCGCUACACCGUGAAAUCUCAAAAUCGAAGAGGGAAAUCCGUAUGCUGGGAGUCGUGCAUAAUGACUUGCGGCCUGAUAACAUGUUAUGGAAUAUCGAACUGCGUCGGGUUCUGAUCAUAGACUUUCAUCGAUCUACCAUAGACCCACGCCCGAUGAAACAGCGGGUUGGAUCCUUGAAAAGGUCACUCGAUCAGCCGGACAUGUCAAAACGAUCCCGUAUUAAACAUAGCUGGGCUGAGCACGAUAUUUCUACUACAAGAGGAUCAGGCAUUCACAGUAGCUCCUGA